GAUGCCAAGGGUCGUGCUCCUUCGGCUAAAUAAUCUCCUUUGAAAGACCAUGUAAAACAACACCAAAAACUAUGAGAGAUAAAUUUUAAAUAAUUCAUCUCCCCGAAAGAAGUUUUUUGAAUUAUUUGAUGACCUCCAAAAUGAAUGCACAAGCCAUCAAGGAAGUGAAGGACAAAAAUGCACAAAGUCCCAAAGAGACAAAGGUGAACACAGUAGACGUCCGGUCAUCGGCGGGGCAGCAAGGCCAUGAACACAGUAAUGUGCAGGUGGUUCACCAGCCACAUCCCUCUGCGAAAACAAAUACCAGCGGCGGUGUCUUGACCGGUGCUGCAGCUGCCGUGGCAACUACCCUUCAGUCCGCCAAGGAUGCUAUCUCCAAACACGAAUAGCAACAUUACAAUACGGACCUUGUCAUCAGCAUUGCCUACGAGCAUUUAUUGAAAAAAAAGAAAGUAAAAGUAGUUUGUUUUGUUAAGUUUUUAUUUGCCAUUUGCAGAAAGAAAUGCAAAUAUUAUGAUAUACAUUAUGCAUGUAUGAUGUUCUUGUUUGGAUAGGCUUUUUCUGUGGCUGGAUUAUAUGCUUUUCAGUUUUAGGCUGGUAGAAAAUUGCUACUCUGCUUGGAAGCUUAUGCAUUGCAUAGAAACACGUAUUAAUACUUUUAUGUUAUAAAGUUUGGAUCAAAUACAAUCUUCCAAUAACUGUUAUGUAAUUGUUCAA